AUGGUCUACGGUCCCGAUGACAAAUGGGUGGUCAAGAUACGGGAGGAAGACGAGCCAGUCCGGUAUUACUCUCGCAUACAAGCUGUUGAAGACAUGGGUCAAUUGGACCUCCGGCUGGAAGCCUGUGACUAUAUCAAUGUAGACCGCAGUGCUCUUGCCAGAGCAUUCAUUCAAAUUCAAGUUGAACCCCCGGCCGACAGAGGUCAAGUUCCAGCGGAUGAUGGACGACCACCAGAAUGGUUGGAUAUCAGUAUCCCUGCUACUCCACCGCUGAACCAUGUCGGCAUGUUCACAGUCAACGACCUUCACCAAGACGCUGGGGAGUUUGAACGUACAGAUGGGGAUCUUUUCGAUGAUGUGAAUACCGCGCCGACUUAUGACUAA